CAGUCAAGUCAUGUACACUGUACAUUACAUACAAAACACACUGUGUGUAAUGUUUAUGACAUUUUGUAUAGCUCUUCCUUUUUCAUACAAAACACAGAGACAUGUGGUACUGUCUUAUCAUCAGAUUCCAAAACUGUUGAUAUUCAGAGUGUUGAAAAUGCCGUUCUAUGGGAAACAGACUCUCUUGAGCAAGUAUCGUACUUGGAAUGUUAGGAAAAGAAAAUCUCUCGGCCCAUAUAUUAAAAUCGUUCACGGCACGGACUUCUGGACGGAGUUGCAGUUGACAAUUGGCCAGGGACGCCGACACAAGCCAUCCCCUAGAUCGCUGGUAGCAUGCCCUUAUCAAGAGAAAAAGGACAACAAGCCGUCUACCUUGCCUAAGGAACUACUCUUUGAGCUGGAUGAUAAGAAGUCCGUUAGCCAAGACCCAUCCAAGCUAAAGAGUAAACCUCCAAAGGAUUUAAAUCCAAAGCCUCAAGAAGCAGGUGUUGACCAGAAGCCACAUUGUGACCACAAAGUUCCAACUCUGGGGCAAGAUGGCAAGUUUACCUCGAGACGAAAUAAAAGGAUAGAUGGCAAACUGGGAAAGGGUGUCACCAUAAACGCAGCUCCCAGUCGACCGGAAAGCCAGUGGAAGGUCAGCGAGAGUAAACGAUCUAAAAAAGACAGCCUAGCUAAAAUCCAGAAAACCGGAUCAAAUAAAAAAAGUCCCAAACUGCUUGAACGACCGCCGGCCACUGGAGGAAGAAAAGCGAAGACCAGGAAGAGUGGGAAACAGAAUGACCCUCUAGAGGCUGAAAGAGAUGACAGUUUACCAAGCUGGGCGAUGAGAAGUCAGGAGGAUGCAGACAAGGCAGACAUGGCUAUGUCCUCUUCUGUGCCUGCUGGACAAGUGGACACGCCAACCUCUCAUAAUAUGACAGCUGUUGCUUCUAGUAAGUCGCGAAGGUUAAGCCAGACGGCAAGAAAGUUGCAUCCAAUUCCAGAAAGCCUCUUAGAAGUACCAACAUGCACCUCUACCCUUGAUCCUAUGACUAUGUCCUCAUCUGGGCUUGAUGGUCAAGUGCAAUCGCCAACUACUCAUAAAGUGAAGACGACCAUUGCUUCUCGUAAGUCACGAAGACAGAAGGCAAGAAAGUUAGAUCCUAGUCCAGAGAGCAGCUGUCUCUUAGAGGUACCGACAUGCACCCUUGGUCCCUCCACAGAAUCAUCCGUGAAACAUCUUUCUGUCAAAAUUGGCAAAUUGCCUUUCGCGUCUCAGCAUCCCAUCUCAAGUACAAGUUCUAAUCAGCAGAAAGGUCCAGAUGUUGAUGACCAAGAUUGCAACCAUGAUGGUGUGUCACUCUGCUCCCUAAGAAAUGCCUGCCUUAAAGAUGACCGAGAGUCUCCCAGACAAAAAGCUGACACUUUAGACACAAUGAAGAGUAACGGUGUGCCAGCUAGCGAGAGUGUGUAUAACCAAUACCUCUGGAAUCUUACUGUAGCAUCAGACAUUAAGAAUGUGCCGCUGUUAGAAGACGACGAAGAGAGAAAGUCACCACAAAGCAAUGAUGCCAACUUGAAGACGACUGAGAGCUUUGGAAAGUCUGGGUUGCAUCCCUGUACUCCUCUUGUCUCCGAGGAAGAUAUUUUUCAGGUGACAAUGCCACUUGGUGAAGAUGUCAAUAACAACUCAAUUGUCAACGAGUCUGUCGAUAAUGAGGGGCACUCUGAUUCACCGGCUUGUCUUCCUGGGUUAUCCUACCUUCGACACCGUCUAGCUACAGACCUUCCUGUACAUGCACAGCCGACAGGCCCAGCUUCAGAACAUACCCAAGACCAAAGAGACUUCACUGCCAAUGCUUCAAGCCCAGUUUUCCUCCAAACUCUGAAGGCUCCUGUUUUGAGAAUGAGAAAGAGAGGUCGAACAGAGGAAGGAGUAAGGGGGCAUAGCGGAUGGGAAGAGAGUCUUCGACAAAGACCGGCAACAAUCUCCAGGUUCCAAGCUGGUGACGCGUCUCCGAUAACGUCACCCAAGAAACCUGAGGCCAAGACCGAGAAGAAAAGAUGGCAGUCGCCUCCAAGCAAGAAACUCAAACGUUCAGAAGACGCCGAUGGCCAACCUCAAGAUCCUGUGGAUCAGAAAACAAACGAUGCAGUGUUGCCAACCAGCGUGUCACUCGGUGUUCUCCAGGACAGGUAUCUAUAUGGAGAGAUCAUCUGGGGUAAAAUGAAAGGUUUUAAUUGGUGGCCUGGCCUCGUUGUCCAUCAUUUCACCUGUAGGAGGGAGCCUGCCCCCAGCGAUGCUUGCUGGGUAAAUUGGUUUGGUGAUAACAAGUUUUCCAAGUUGAACCUGAAUCAGGUUGUUUCAUUUCAAGAGUUCCCCGCUCAUUUCUCAAAGACUACAUUUCUGCAUACUGCCCUCUACAGAAAAGCUGUAUUUCAUGGUCUGGCGUUGGCAUCUAAGAGAGCAGUCAAGGCCUUUUCCGCUGACCCAAAUCCAUUCCUAGUUGACCAGCCUAAAAACAGUCGGCAUUACAGUACAGCGUGGAUGGCAUUCAUGAACCUGUGUGAUGAGAUGAUCAGCUGGGCCUCUGAGGGAUUCGAACCCUCCGGACCUGAGGGAAUUAAGCCAACUCAAGACGAGCGGCAGGUGCCUGUGAGACCCCGCUCCCCAUCGCCCCCACCGAGCCCAAGGAUGUCCACUCCCUCCAAACGGACCUCCAAGAGGGCAUGGAAAGAUAUGAGAGAAACAGUCAUGGAAGAAGUGCGCAAUGGUUCAAAAGACAUCCAAGCUGUGUGUCUCGGAUGUGGGAGUUCUGACUUGAGUUCGGAGCAUCCGUUCUUCAUUGGUGGCAUGUGUGACGUCUGUAGGGUGGAUUUCAUCGAGGCAGUGUACGUGUUUGAUGAGGAAGGCUACCAGUGUUAUUGUUGUAUCUGUGCUGAGGGCAAAGACAUUAUCCUGUGUGACCAGGCUGAGUGCUAUCGCUCUUUCUGCUAUGAAUGCCUGGAUUAUUUGGUUGGACCGGGUACGGUUCUGAAGGUUCUUUCCAAAGAGCACUGGAGCUGCUACUUGUGUGAUCCCGAGUCGACCCCUGCCGGCCUCCUCUCCUGUCGCUCUGAUUGGGCUCAGAAACUGCAGUUGUUAUUCCAGAGGGACAACAAGAACUUCUCGCCGCUGCGGAGCUACCCCCCUGUGGAGAUGGCAAAGCGUCGACCCAUCAGGGUCUUGUCUCUGUUUGAUGGCAUCGGGACAGCAGGAAUGGUAGCUCUGAAGGAGCUUGGGGUGAUGGUUGACUGUUACUUAGCCUCGGAGAUUAACGAGGAGGCUGUCAAAGUAUCGACGGUACGACACGAUGGCGUCAUCCAGCAGCUUGAUGAUGUACGACAGAUCACUGAGCAAGGGAUCCGAUCCUUGGGACCGAUUGACCUCGUCAUUGGUGGGAGUCCCUGCAAUGAAUUGUCCAUCGCGAACCCGGCCCGCAAAGGUCUAUAUGAAGGGACGGGGCGAUUGUUCUUUGAUUUCUACCGGCUCCUCAACGCAGCGAGACCAACGGAGGAUAGCGACCGACCCUUCUUCUGGUUGUUUGAAAACGUCGUUGGGAUGGCCAACCAAGACAAAAUAGACAUCUCAAGAUUUCUACAGUGUGAUCCAGUGGUGGUCGAUGCCAAGGAUGUGUCGCCAGCCCACAGAGCGCGCUACUUCUGGGGGAACUUACCUGGAAUGAACAGGCCAAAGGUGACUACAGACAAUGCUCACCUUCACCUCCAAGACUGCCUGGAGCCCAACUGCAAUCGCCAAGCUCAGGUAUCCAAGGUUCGAACAGUCACAACAAAGAUAAACUCACUCAAGCAGAAGAAUGAACGCCUGCAACCUGUGAUGAUGAACGGCCAAGAAGACACACUGUGGUCUACUGAGAUGGAGAGGAUCUUUGGCUUUCCAGAGCAUUACACAGACAUUGGUAACAUGAGCCGCACAUCCAGGCACAAGCUGAUUGGUCAAGCGUGGAGCGUUCCUGUUAUAAAGCACCUUCUGGCCCCACUUAAGGAGUACUUUACCUGUGAGACCCAUCAGUAAGACCAAAGACCGAGACCCAUAGUAAGGCCCUGCUAGCCCCACUUAAGGAGAUCUUUACCUGUGACACUCAUCAGUAAGGCCCAACACCAACACCCAUCAAUUAGGCCCUCUGCCCUCUGUAAGGAGUACUUUACCUGUGAGACCCAUCAGUAAGGCCAAAGACCGAGACCACCAGUUAGGCCCUACUAGCCCCAUUUAAGGAGUACUUAACCUGUGACAGUCAUCAUUAAGGCCCAACACCAAGACCCAUCAAUUAGGCCCUCUGCUAGCCCCUGCGAGACACAAACCGCCUGCUAGUCCCACCCAGGGAGUUACUUUACCUGCAAGACCCAUCAGUUAGGACCAAGACCCAUCAGUAAGGCCCUGCUAGCCCCACUCAGGGAGUACUUUACCUUUGAGAUCCCUGGCCCUGAUAGCCCCACUUAAGGAGUACUUUACCUGCGAGACCCAUCAGGAAGCCCCUGCUAGCCCACUUAAGGAGUGCUACCUAGGCUUAGCUACAUUUUGUGCUUAAGCAGAUCGAUGGCACUGGGCCCUGUUUAAGCUGAAUUCGAGAUUUGUUGAGUUUAACAUUAAAGGUUGUUAAAAUCUUCUAAAAAUGGAAGGAUCUGAACAAGCCGAGAUCUGUUACUCGGCAGGUCAAAAUAUUCCAAUUCAAAUCUAGACCUGACAAGGAGCACAAAAUAAUGAUGUGCAGAGAAUCAUUAGAAUCAUUUCUGCUUACAAUUUAAGUCAACAAUCAUCUGUUAGAAAAAAAAGAGGAUAGAGAACACAAUUUUGUCUGCAGAAUUAAAAUAACAAUUUGCUUAAAGAGUAGAUUCCACCUUAGUGAAAAAAAAUAGUUUGUUUUAAAAUGUCUUUUUGUCCAUUUGACAACGUUUAUGCAUGACUUGUUGCUGCAGCCUGUUUGGGCCUACUCGUUAUAUUUCUUGAAAUCAGUAAUUCUUGCCUGUUUUUGUAAUAGAACCAAAGAACAAAAUUAUUUAUUAACUGUUUUUAUCAAAAAGUACUUACAGGUUUAUUUUCAAAACUUAUAUUUAUUCAUGAUACAGUAUUCAAAUACCUUCAGCAUGUAUGUGUUCAGUUUUUUUUUUAUUGUUGUACUAUUUAAAUGUUUGUGCAUGGUUUUGUGGCAUCAUGAGAGUGUUGUGUGUUUUUUCAGAAUUGAAUGUAAUCAAGGGGUUAGAAACUUCAGUCUUUUAUCUAAAGUCACAAGAGAUCUUACAAAGUAGACUAAAAAUAAUUUGUAAAUCUAUUGCAACAUUGCUCAGAGAAGUUGCAUUCAAAGUAUUUCAGUUGUUACAUAAAACUGAACACGUUCCAAUAUCUCUCAUGACUUGUCACUAAACUGGUUACUCUUCACUUUUUUUGUUUUCCUUAACCAUUCACCGUAUAAUGUUAUGCAGGGCUAGAAAACACCAACUAGACCACUGGCCAAGUCCAGAGUCCUGUAAUCUUAUUAGCAUUGGUCAAGUAUCCCAUACAUGUAGCAACAACAUGACCACUGGCCAAAGUUGAGCAAUCUUAGCGUUGGGUAACUGUUUAUGCAACUCAAAAGUAUCAAGUUAUCUUAGCUUCGGAACAGUAACUGUCCCUUCAGGGCUAAAAAAUAGCCGCAAUCUUAGUAAUGGCCAAGUAACUGUUUGUGCUAAAACAAAAUAACCAUAAGUCAAA